AUGCGGCGGCGGUGGCGGCAGCGGCGGCGGUGGGCGGCGGGGUUGGGGCUGGCGCUGCUGGGGUUGGGGUUGGUGGGGAGCGGGGGGGGCGAGGAGCUGCUGGCGGCCGCGCUGGCUGCGUGGAUGGAACGGGCCGGGGGGGACCCUGCCGUGGGUACGGGCCCUGCCGCGGGUGCGGGCGGGGCGAGCUUUGCAAGCGGGGUAGGGGUUGCAAACCUCGGCGGCGGUGCGAAGGGAGCGCGUCUGGCAAAGGGCGUGGGCUCUGCGAGCGGUGCGAGAGGUGCGGGGCUGGCGGGGGGCGGGGGCUCUGCGAGGGAUGCAAACGGGGCGGGCUUUGCAAAUGAUGCAAACGGUGCAGGCCUUGCAAACGGUGCAGGCCUUGCAAACGGUGCGGGCUUUGCAAACGGUGCAAGCUUUGCAAAUGAUGCAAACGGUGCAGGCUUUGCAAACGGUGCAGGCUUUGCAAAUGAUGCAAACGGUGCAGGCUUUGCAAAGGGUGCAGGCUUUGCAAACGGUGCGGGCCUUGCAAACAGUGCGGGCCUUGCAAGUGAUGCAAAUGGUGCAGGCUUUGCAAGUUUUGCAAACGAUGCAAGCUUUGCAAACGGCGCAGACCUUGCGGCGGGCGCGAGCUUCGCAGCCGAUGCAAACGCCGCCAGCUUUGCGGACUCCGCAGCCUUCGCGCCCGACUCGACCUUCCCCGGCGACCCCCCCGUCCUUCUCUCCCCCUCCGCCUGCGACCCGACCCCCCCUUUCCUGCUCGUUCUCAUCCCCAGCGCCCCGGCUCACGUCGCGCGUCGUCAAGCUGUCCGAGAAACUUGGGGCGACGAAAAUUUCGGGGGGGUUCUCCCCACCCGUACCAUCUUCGUCCUGGGGGUGCCGGCGACGCGGCCGGAGCAGACGGCGUUGGUGGCGGAAGCCGCCCGUCACGGCGACCUGUUGCAAGGCGCCUUCGCCGACACUUACGCCAACCUCACCCGUAAAACGCUCUUCCUCCUCCGCUGGGCGACUUCCCGUUGUCCCGCCGUCCCUUUCCUCCUCAAAGCCGACGACGACGUCUUCGUUAACCUCCCGGCGUUAACGAAUUACCUGGCUUCGCUCCCCGAUUCUCGACGGUUAUACCUCGGGAGGGUUCAUUGGUGGGUACGACCCAACCGGGACCCUCGGAGUCGUCACCGCGUUCCCGUCUCCCUUUACCCUUCCGAUUCCUUCCCGCCGUAUUGCAGCGGCACCGCGUACGUUCUGGCGGGCGAAGCCGUCGCGGCGUUGUUGGUCGUCGCCCCCCGCGUUCCUUUCGUCACCCCCGAAGACGUUUGGGUGGGACUUUGCGCCCGCCGCGCCGGUUUGGCGCCCCGACAUUCAGCACGUAUGGCGGGUUCGGCGCGGUUCCCGCCGGAUGGGUGCUGUUACGGCGAGGUGCUGUUUAGCGCCCAUCGGCUCAGCCCCGGGGAAUUGCGAAGGGUUUGGGGGGUGCUGCGAGGAGGGGGAGGGGGUUGCAGCGGGUUGCAGAGGGCGCUGGGCGUGCUGCGGUGCAGGGCGCUGGCCGCGGGCGAGUGGCUCUGGAGGUGA